CUGUAAUUUGUAACGGUCGUUUAAUCAGUUUAUUUAUGUAUUUUUUUAUUAUUUUUGAUUGAGGGGUCACUAAAAAAAAUUAGCCAACUAAAAUGGAAAAAAAGUGACAACUGACCAGAGAGAUAAAGAGGAAAUUAAAAAAAAGAAAAAAAAAAAGAGAGAAAAAUAUCACAGAGCAGAGAGAAACUGAGAAAGAACGAAAGCUUGCUGAGGAGGAAAGAAGAAAAAUCUGAACAAAAGGUUCGUUGCUGAUGCUCUCCAUUCAUUCCAGUUCCUCUCUCUACACUCUUACUGAUGAGAGAGAAUGCUCUUUUAGGGUUUCUGCAAAUCGAUCUACCGAUAUCUACAUUCCCGAUCUGUCCGACACUGAAUUGAAUGCAGGCAGAUCCAAGUCUCUGAUUCAACUUCUGCAUUUGACUUCGCCGACGGUAAGUCAAAGAGCUGCCACUUUCUUCAAAUGACGAUUCUGUACAUUAUGCUUCGAGGGCCUUGAAUUGUACGUCAUCAUGGAAAAAGUUGUUUGUUGGCGUUCACUGUGGUUGUCAUGCCUUCGCAUUUGAAGGGGUACUGGGAUUUCAGUUAUUACGAUAGCAUUCACUGUUUCUUUGUGCAAUUACAAGGAUUGGGUUUUGGGUCAAUUUAGAAGGCACAAUUUUCAUAUUGGUUUUAGGCAUUACGGAACUGUAAUUAUGUUGAUUUGAUGACACUUUUCUUUAUGACAAUGGGGAGAUGAGCUUGUUUUCAGUAAUUGGGUCGUGACAGUAUAAUUGGAUGGGCAUGUGCUCUGGAGAAGUGGAAUUGCAUUGGAUUAAUUGAUAUUCUUCUCCAUAUCAAUGCAAGCAACACCUUGGUUUGAUUUUAAGAGUGGUCGAAGAGCUCAGGUUAUUUUAUGCUGACGGCUGUAGCUUGAUUAUGUUUUGUCGAUUUUGUGAGGUGCUUUCCAAAUAUGGUUUUAUGGAGGUGCUGGAGUGAUAACUAGCGUGUGGUGAAAUAGGGUGGCAGAGAUGUCUCCUUCUCCGGUAAUGAGAUGCUCUCCCGGGAGGGAGCUUAGAGCAGAAAAUCAUAAGAGAGGGCAGAGUCUUGAGGGUGGAAUACUAUUCAAAGAGAAAGCCGAUGAUCUAGCUCUGUUCAACGAGAUGCAGACCAAAGAAAGAGACAAUUUCUUGCUUCAGUCAAAUGACGAUUUUGAAGACAUUUUCGCUACAAGAUUGAGAUACUUUUCAGAUUAUAAGCUCGGUAUCUCCAUCCCUGCUCGAGGAGAGAGUAGUGACCUGCUUAAUGGGGAUGGAGAGAAGAAUGACUAUGACUGGUUAUUGACUCCCCCCGACACCCCUCUCUUCCCUUCUUUGGAUGAUGAGACACCACCGGUUAAUCUUGCAACAAGGGGAAGACCUCGAAGUCAACCCAUUUCAAUCUCAAGAUCUUCCACGAUGGAGAAGGGUUACAGAAGUAGUAGAGGUAGUGCAAGUCCAAAUCGCUUAAGCCCAUCUCCUCGGUCUGAGAGUAGUACUUUCCAAUCAAGGGGAAGGUCUUCUUCAGCACCUCAUUCUAGUCCUACUCAUAGUUUACGACAUGCCACUCCUUCACGGAGACCAUCUCCCAUGCCAAGUAAAUCCCCAACACCUGCUCCGAGGUCUUCUACACCAACUCCUCGGAGGAUGAGCACAGGGUCUAGUGGUACUGUGGCUUCAUCUGGAGUGAGGGGUACCUCCCCUGUGAAGACAAGUCGAGGGAAUUCUGCAUCACCAAAAAUAAGGGCAUGGCAGUCAAAUAUUCCAGGUUUUUCCUUGGAUGCACCUCCUAAUCUGCGUACUUCACUGGCUGAUCGACCGGCAUCAUAUGUGAGAGGUUCCUCGCCAGCAUCCCGAAAUGGUAGGGAUUCAUCCUCCAAAUCUGGCCGACAAUCAAUGUCUCCAACUGCUUCUAGAAGCAUCAGUUCAUCACAUAGUUAUGAUCGGGACCGGUUUAGCUCCCACAGUAAAGGUUCUGUUGCGUCAUCUGGUGAUGAUGAUGUAGACUCUUUACAAUCUAUUCCUAUGGGUAGCUCAGAUCGCUCAGCUUCAAGAAGAGUAGGUGCAUUUCCAAAUAAUAGAGCUCCGGCCUUUUCCAAGAAGCCAACCAGAACAGUGUCCUCAAGUUCUGCUCCAAAAAGAUCCUUUGACUCAGCUCUUCGACAAAUGGAUCACCGGAAAGGUCCUCAGAAUAUGUUCAGGCCACUCUUAUCUAGCGUCCCCAGUUCCACCUUCUACAUUGGAAAAGCAAGUGCUGCACAUCGUGCUAUGAUAUCUAGGAACUCCUCAGUCACAACUAGCAGUAAUACAAGUUCUGAUCAAGGUACAACUGGUGCACAUGAUACCGAAGGCAGUGAGCGAAACCAGGAUAAUAUGGCUAGUGAAUUUGGAAAGGCAUCAUAUUCUGAUGUUCAGGAUGAAGUGUUUGCAUUUGAUACGGUGGAUGAUGUAAAUGAAGAUGUUGGGCAUGAAAUCCACGAUGGAUCACCUAACACUCGGCACUGUGACUUUAAUGAAGGCUCUGCAGCUACUUCUCAAUUUGCUGGCUCUGGAAACGUUAGCCACCAUGAUACUACUAUGGCAGUCACUGCAACUUUUGAAGCUUUGGAUGUCAAGGGUGAUUUAUCAGAAGUUAAUAGCCGUGAGGAUAUUCGACUUUGUUCUAAAUGCCUUUGUAGGUAUCAAGCCAGUGAAUUAUCAGAACUGGACUUAAACCUUUGCCCAGACUGCAUUAAGUUAGAGGUACCUUUGACCACAACCACUCUUGCCACGUCCAUAAAGUGUGCUGAAAAUUCACCUAGUCUUUCUAUGAAGAUUUCAGAAGAAGAUGAAUCAUUUGAUGCAUUGGAGCCCCUGAUGGCUGUAUCUGAAUUUCCAGAAGUGACCGAUAUGGAUGCUGAAAGGGCAGUUCAACAUGAAGAGACUGUUGAGGCACACCAAAUUUCCUACCGUGAGCCAAGCAAGAAUUUCUUGUCAGAAGAUUCUCUUGUGCAGCCACUAGUGGAGGAAAGUGAGCAGGAACCUGCAAACCAGCAAUUGAUAGUCCGACCAACUGUUGUUAAUAGCUUACCUGAUGGUGAAGCUGCGGGUAAAAAUAUGCAGCACUUCAGUGACUAUUCAAAGUUAAAGGCUAAUGUUUCAGAAGGUGCAGGCAUUUCCAUACUGCUGAAGAGGUCAAGCAGUGGCAAGGGGCCUGCUGUCCAGGGCAGGACUUUUACUGCCACUAGCAUUCCUUAUGAUGAUCCUUCGUAUGCGAGAGACGGUGCAAGCAGCAUAAGAAAUUCCAUUGGACACUGCAGUUCCUCUGCAUCAUCGUCCAUGGACUUGGGCUCAGCUAGACAAACAGAGAUUCGUGUGCAGCGGCAGUUAAGCAGCAGGAAAUCUGACAUGGAAAUUUACAGGCAUGACAUGAACACGAAGCACCAACGCACUGGAUCAUCUUUAUCUGGUACUUCGAAUCAUGCUUCCCAAGGUUUAGGUAUUGUAACAAGCACACAUGAAGAAAAACUUGAGGUUUCCUUUGGCCAUGUGGAAAAUGAUGCUGUAGACUUCACAUGUGUAGCUCCUCAAGAGAAAUUCCUUGCUUCAGAAUAUACAGGCGUGGAUGAUACAUAUACUGAAGUUGAAUUCAACAAUGAUUGUCAAACAAUGGAUGUUUCUACUUCAGAGUUGUCAAAACAUAACCUAAAUAUUCAUUUAAGGGACAGUUCGGUUGCUGCAUUUUCAAAUUUUGAAGACUCUGCUUCAAAUAGGAACAGUGACAACUUCACAAACAAUGCAAGGAGUAUCUCAGAUAUAGAAGUAUCAGCUAUGACUCCAGAAUCUUCUAUUGUAGAGGAAAGUGCAAUGUCAAAUUCCAAUAUUGACGGAGUGCAUGUUACAGAGAUUCCCAUUCAAAGCUCGUUGGACACAAUAUCAGAAAUAGAAAUCGAGAAUGGUCAUCCGAGUUCUCCUGGUUCAGAAUCUGAUGUUGUUUCUGUACAUUCAGGAAGCCACAUAGAUGAAAUACAGGAGCCUUCUAUUCCUGCUGCAUGUGAUAAGGAUAUAACAGCUUCCGCUGCAGAGUCUGAUACCUCAGAUCAUGCACAUGGUAUCCCUGAGGAAUCAACCAUAAUGUUAGGAGGCCAAGGAGGGACUAAGGCCAGAAGCCUAACACUGGACGAAGCUACAGAUACUAUACUCUUCUGCAGCUCUAUCAUUCACAAUCUGGCCUAUGAGGCUGUUUCCAUAGCAAUGGAAAAGGAAAACUUAGUCCCACUAGAAGGAUCCCGACCAACAGUUACAAUAGUGGGAAAAUCCAAUUCAGAGAGAAAAGAAUCAAGGGGCAGAAAUGCUGGCAGACGUGCUUCCAAGUCCCAAAAAUCCCAAAAGUCAGUGCAGAGGCGGGUUGAAAUAGAUACAAAACCCCCUCUUGGGCCUCUUGACGACACUGAAAAUGAUGACAAGACUAACGAGUCUACAACUCGUAUUGUUGGGAUUCCAAAUAAGGGUGACGGUAUGAAGCCUCCAAAGCUGGAGUCCAAGUGCAAUUGCACAAUAAUGUGAAAGUCUUUCCAUUCAGAGCAUGCUGGUGGACCUGCCGUGAAACUCUCUGUGUGCUCCCUCCAUCCCAUUUGGAGGAGAGGACGCCAAGUGCUUUAAUUUACAUUUGGGGGCUGUUUGGAUGAUUGCCAAUUGGUUUUUGCUGGUUCAGAUAUAUUUGUAUGAAACACAACUGUCCUAUUAUUAGUGACAUAAUCAUUGUAAAGUCUUAAUUUUUAUUAGGAUGGUAAUAGUGAGAGGCGUUGGAUGUUCGUGUUUGCUCCAAUCGCCAUAUUCUUGUUAGUCAUUUGUUUCGGUUCUAGUCCUCACUUAGAGGUGUGGAUUCUUUUCUUGUGGUGCUGAAGAAGUGUGUAUUCAAUCUCUCGCUUAUUCAUAUUUGUUAUCACUCAAAUAGCACUGUUGCUAAAAAUGCCAUAAUUUAUUCUGGUUCAA